GGCUCACUUCAGCAGGAGAGAAACAUGGCAGCCGAGGCAGACACACUGGCGGCAUUGCUUGCCGGGGAUGCCAGUGCGGUGAUGGUGAACAUUGAGGAGCGGGUCAAGGUGAAGAAGGCUAUUGGGUCAUAUGUGGUCUAUCGCAUCAGAGUCUGUAGGGGCGACGGGAGCGAGUGGUUUGUGGAGCGGCGAUACUCGGAGCUGCUGGCGCUGCACAAGGGGCUGAGGGCAAAGUACACCUUUGUGUCGGUCAAGGUGCCCAAGGACACCAACAAGGCACUCAACGCGGUACUGAUGGCAGAGUUGCGGGCGGUGGCGGCGAUGCGCGGGCGAGGAAAGCGCAGCGUCGGCGGGCGUGGGUCGGCAGCCGACAUGGUGGCGCUCUCGGCGCGGAAGCGGGUCGAGGCCGAGCUGGGCGAGGCCAAGGGCGCCGACGGGGUGGCGCUGGCGUCGACGACCGAGAACCUGUUUGCGCUCUUUCCGCCCAAGUCGGUCUCGCCGGACCUCGACGCGCGGCAGCACGGGCUCAACGCGUACAUCCAGUUUGUGAUGGCGAACCCGAGCCUGCGCGACGAGCCCGACGUGCGGACGAUGUUCGCGCUGCACGACGGCGGCGUCGACGGUGGCGUCGCCAUCGCGCUCGACGCCGGGCGCGCAGACUCGGCAGCGUCGUCAGACACGCUCGCAUCGCCGCGGCUGGUCGGCUCGCCGUCGUCGUCCGAGUACAUGUCUGUGCCGGCAAGUUCCAAGCUGCAGGUGGCAUCGUCGGUUGGCGCCACGGCGGUCGAGGUCGGUGCGCUCCAGGUCCCGACAGUCCGGCUCGACGACUCGGGCAAGUACCACGUCUACGAGAUCCAUCUCUACCGCGAGACCGACAUCCUUGAUGCGGCUGCUCAGCCGUACGCUGUUCUCCUCCGGCGCUACUCGCAGUUCUUGCAGCUCCACCGCGAGCUUGGUACCGAGUUUGACCGCUCGUCGUCGCUCACCUUUAUGAUCGACUUUCCGCCCAAGUCAGGCAUGAAAAAGCCGUCUGAUGCCGAGCUAGAGACGCGCCGAGCGUACUUUGAGGCACUGCUAGUCGGCGCUGUUGGCCAUCCACUCAUGUCGCGGUCGGCGACGCUUAUCGAGUUCCUCGCCGUCGACUCUCAGGUCCAUUCAAACCUUGACCUGUUCGCCACGGUUACGGCGUCGUGAGCCGCCAAGGGCCACGGCUCGCGCCUAGCGUCACAGCUCGCGCGAGAGCUCGAUGUACUUGGAGAGAUACGUCUUGCGGGUGCUCAAAUCGCCGGCGUAGGGAUACGAGGCCGCAGCGGUCGAGGCGCCGGCGUAGCCCGAGGCCGACGCUGACGAGGCAAACGUGGUGUGCCUACCCGGAGUCGGGUCGAGGUACGACGCCGCCGCCGGACGCUGCGAGUACGGCACAUUCGGCUCGGUCGCCGGCAUGUAGGCCGCAAGCGUCGGGGCGCGGGCGGCGAGCUCUGGUGACGGCGAACGCGCCGGCGAGGUGCGCGCCGGCAGGCCGUAUGCAUCGGUGUGGCGCUGAUAAAGUGAAGUGUUGUCUUGC